AUGGAUGACAGAACCUACAUUAUUUAUAAAGAAUUGGAAAAACCCACGAUAUGUAGGUUUCUCUACAUUGUAAAAGGAAAAUUUCCAAGGCCAUCAUGUGUUUCAAUAUUCGUUUGCAUAGCCUUACUUACUAUUUUGCUGUUAUUCCCAUUUCUACAAAAAGAAUCUCCUAAAAAUGUUCAUAUAGAACAUUGUAAAGAUCACUGCAGUUUUACAUUGGUAGAAAGUAUUCCAGAAGGAAUUAAUUUUAAUUCAACUCUUCAUUCAAAUUUAACUUAUGAUGUAUGGAAAAAACUAAUUGAUGAUUCAAAAAAAAAUAUAUGUAUAGCUUCAUCAUAUUGGACAUUAAGAAGCAGUAAUGUUUUUAAUGAUAAUUCGAGUUGGGAGGGCCAAUCUAUAUUCGAUUCUUUAUAUGACGCAAGUCUGAAUAGAGCGAUAGAUUUGAGGAUUGUUCAGAAUUAUGCUCGCGAGACUCCGGACACUUCUAUAUUAGCUCAAGCGGCGAACGCCAAGGUGAGGAAGCUUGAUUUCCGUAAAUUUUCUAACUACGGUAUCCUUCACACCAAGCUGUGGAUAUUCGACGAUACCCAUUUUUACAUAGGCAGCGCUAACAUGGAUUGGCGAUCCCUUACUCAAGUAAAAGAAGUCGGGGUCCUAGCCCGUGAUUGUGCAUGCUUAGCCCGAGAUGUUCGAAAAAUAUUCGAAUCCUAUUGGUUGGUUAGUGCAUCACGCGAACUGCCUCUAGCGACAAAUAAUCAGGAAAAUCUAUUGACACGUAAUCAGGCGACUAUCUUGCCACCUUGGCCGGACAAUAUGACUGCUUCGUAUAACGUAACUCAGCCGGCUGUCAUCAGCAGCAUAGAUGGAACGAUGUAUAACGUCUAUAUUUCGAGUUCUCCCCCGAUUUUGAAUGGUAAAGAUCGUUCGAAUGAUAUAGACGGAAUACUGGACGUUAUAAAUAAUGCUCAAAAGUAUGUCCACAUAUCUGUCAUGGAAUACAUGCCAGGAACAUUGUAUCUUCCAUCCUUCCAAUACUGGCCGAUAAUAGACAACGCUUUAAGAGAGGCCGCUCUUAACAGGGGUAUCAAAAUAAGAAUGCUAAUCAGUUGGUGGGAACAUUCUAAUCCCAAGACUCUCCAUUUCUUAAAAUCGCUUUACGAAUUGACUUUUACCGGAUUAGCCGAUAUACAAAUAAGGAUUUUGGUGAUACCAUCAUUCAACGACAAACAAAAGAAAAUCCCCUACGCUAGAGUCAAUCAUAAUAAAAUAAUGGUCACUGAUUCGGCCGCAUACAUUGGGACUUCGAAUUGGAGCGCUGAUUACUUUUUAUGGACUGGCGGGGUGGGCAUAAUUAUAAAACCUUUGAUUAACGGCACCACGCAGAAUUACGAAAAUUUACACGUCACCGACGAUUUUAGGAGUCAAUUGGAGCAAUUAUUUGACAGGGAUUGGUCGUCAGAUUUGACGAUAGAUCUUUAUAACUUCACCAUCCCAAAAAAUUUUGCUUUUUCUUCCAAUAAUUUUUAAAACAUUUUUGUCGUAUAAACAUUUCUCGUUACAUUUCGCGGAUUUUGACGCCCAUUUUUUUAGUGUAAUUGUUUUACGAUUAUAUAGAACUAUCAGCUGAUCCAACUCAAUUUAAAACUAGUUUUAUUUUGCUCAAAAUUUUUCUGUUUUUUUGCUCUUUAUAUUAUUUUAUUUAGUUUAAAAAAAACAAGAAUUACAAUUAUUUUUAUUUUUUUAAUACUAAAAAAAUAAUUUCAACAUCGUUUUCUAAUUAAACUAGUAAACAACCAUGUUUUAUCAUUUUAAAGAAAAUAUAAUAUUUAAUAAUCCUAAUGCGCCAAUCUCUUUAUGAACUUUUGUGCCAAUAUUUUAACUAAUUGUGUUAAUUUAUUUUAAAAUUUUAUCGGUUUCAAUUUAUAUAAUUUUGUUUAUUUUCUGAUAGUAUGUUUUGACCAUUGUUUAUCUUUAUUCUUCAGUAUUAAUUAGGGUUUUUUUAAAAAAAUGCCCGAUUCGGGUCAGUUUUUUAAAACGACUCUAAUAGUAUUA